GCUCCAUGGCCGAGCAGGGAUUUGAACCCUGGUCUCGCGGGUCCUAGCCCAAUGUUCCAACCACUGUGCCGCGCUGACUCUUGAAUUAGCCAGCAUCUGCCUAGGCUGAUUCUUCCUGGGAUGUGUACCAGCCCUGCCCCACAGCCGCAAGAGAAGCCUUGCCCCUAGGUAAGGGGUAGCGUGCCUGAGUAGGGACCUCUCUGCUGCCCACCAUGGCUGCCAUGCUGCCCUGGCGCCGGAGCAAGUUUGUCCUAGUGGAGGAGAAUGAGGGCAAAGGGAAGAGCAAAAGCCUGGGUCCCGGCUUGAGCUACACCUCUUUGCUGUCCAACUUUGUCCGCUCCUGCCCAGACCUGUGGCCCGAGUGCCCCCUGGAGCGGCUGGGCAGUGUCUUCCGCAGCAAGCGCCAGAAAGUGGAGCUGAACAAGGAAGACCCCACCUACACCGCCUGGUACCUGGGCAACGCCGUCACCCUGCAGGCGAAAGGCGAGGGCUGCACCGAAGAGGCAGUGGAGAAGAUCUGGGCCAAGAGCGAGUUUGGGAGCCGCAGCACCAAGAUGAAGUUGACCCUCGGCCCCCACGGCAUCCGCAUGAGCCCCUGCGAGAAAGGUCUCCGGCGGCCCAGCCAUGCCUACCUGCUGCACCGCAUCACCUACUGCGUGGCCGACGGGCGGCACCCCAAGGUCUUCGCCUGGGUCUACCGCCACCAGGUCAAGAACAAAGCGGUGGUCUUGCGAUGCCAUGCCGUCCUGCUCUCCAAGGCCGAGAAGGCCCACGCCAUGGCGCUUUUGCUGUACCAGACGUCCCACUCGGCCUUUAACGAGUUCAAGAGGCUCAAGAGGCAAAACGACUCUCGCCACAUCCAGCAGCAGCUCCUGGGCGAAGCCAUCAUCCCCCUGGUGCCCCUACGCAAACUCCUCAACUGCAAAUGCCCCUACAGGCCUCCGGCGGACAGGGGACGGAGCGCCCCCAGGCUGAGCGCCAUCCAGGAGGAGGAGGAGGAGGAGGAAGAGGAGAAAGCGGGCAGGGAGGAAGGGGCCUCGGGUGCCCCUUGCGGCUGCGCAGCCAGCUCUGCAAACGGUAGGACCGGCGCUGACCUGAGUAGCUGUGCCAGGGCUGCUGCCAGCGCUGCCACCGGUGCUAUAGGAGUCCGACUGUCCAUUCGCACCACCUUGGCCGUUGGCACUCCUGACGGCACGGCCCUCGGCCACAACGCUGACACCACUCGGGUUCGCAAGACCGUCAAAAGCAGGGAGAGGCCCGAGGUGCUGACUUUAGCCCACGAGCUGAGGAUCUGCACUUUGAGGGGGCCCCUCCACCGGGAGGACUUGCCGUCCUGGGAGCCCCUCAAAGAGUCGUCUUGCUUGCCUUGUUAAGGAUCCUGCGGGCAUGGGUUUAUUUCGCAGACUCUACUCGUCGGUGAUGGAUUUGAGGGAGUGGGCGUUGGGAACAUGUUGUUUCCUCUGCUGCUUUGUUCCUCGCCGGGCUGCACUUGGUACAUUCAAGGUUGAUAGACGGCACAUGGUAGAAUGGUUAGUCCUUGCCAGGGGAUGAACAUUGUUGACAUGCCGAUUCUACCUAACUGAUGUCUUAUGGCCCGGUUUUCAUUUUGACCGAACCGACCCAUCUGUUCCAGCCAUUUUUAUUCUUCUGCGGACCCCCUGAGGCUUCUCGCUCCCUGCUCAACCUGUGCCAACCUGUUGAACGACUGCCGGACACCCAGCAACCCAACUCUGGGAUCAGGGGGGCUUGAUGGUUCUUACGCAUAGAAGUGAGGUUGUGCAGGCUACAGCAGCUUUUAAUACUUGUUUGAACUGGCAAAGGGGGAAAAUGUACGCCUCAGCAUAGAUAUUUAUUUAUAUGUAAAGAGUGCUCACCCUUUGGAUUUGUACAUGUUUUUGCAUGCUUCCUUCCUCCCCACACCUGGUGAGGGGUAUGUGUGACAUCAUACUGGGCAUCUGAUUUUGGGAACCUGUAUUGGGUUAGGAGGCCAAAUGAGGAACACUUUUGGAAGCAAUCACUCCCCUUCCAACCAACUAAUAUUGGAGCUGUGGGAGUGGAAGUGAGGUUUAAACUUCGGUUUCCAAUUCCAUUACAUUUCUUUUUCACUAGCCUUCUGGGGGCAGGGUACUCUGCCGCCAAAAUAUCCAUUUUUGUGUGUCCAGAAAACCAGCUUCUCUCCUUUGAGUAAGGGCCCAACCCAAUUAGGUUCCCCACUAU